ACAACAAAAAGGCAGAAGUAUCAAGAUCACCAACUCAUUGCACACCAUAUCAUAAUAACAUUAUAUUUACCAUGAAGUCUAUCGUUCUCUCUCUCCUUAUUCUUGCUGGCCUUACAGCCGCUGCUCCUCUUACUGAGAAGCGUUUGGCUCGCCGUGCCGCUGGCACUCGGCGCUCAAGCCCACCAUAUGUUCCCAACUCCUAUGGCGUGGAACAGUUGAACAUUACAAACUCUAAGAAUGUUGAGUACAGCGAGAACUGGGCCGGAGCUGUUCUUAUCGGGACCGGCUACACCGCAGUGACCGCCGAAUUCACUGUCCCUACCCCUACGGCUCCGGGUGGUGGCAACACCGAGUACUGUGCAUCUGCUUGGGUCGGUCUUGACGGAGACACUUGCGACAGCUCAAUUCUUCAGACUGGUGUCGACUUCUGCGUACAGGGCGGUGAUGUGAGCUAUGAUGCUUGGUAUGAAUGGUACCCCGACUAUGCCUACGACUUCAGUGGCAUCAGCAUCUCUGCUGGAGAUGUUAUGAAGAUCACGGUCACUGCCACUAGUACCUCUUCCGGUUCCGCAGUUGUUGAAAAUGUUAGCACUGGUAGAACAGUCACCCAUAGCUUUUCUGGUGAAUCCGACAGACUCUGCGAGUACAAUGCUGAGUGGAUCGUGGAGGACUUUGAGGAAGGGGACUCAUUGGUUCCCUUCGCUAAUUUUGGCACUGUUACCUUCACUAAUGCUGUCGCUACACACAACGGUGCUGGUGUUGGAACCAGUGGUGCCACUAUAAUAGAUAUUGAGCAAGACAGCGGUGUCCUUACCUCCGUUUCUGCUUCCGGUAACACCGUCACCGUCAAUAUGAAGCAUACUAAUACUGAUAUACAUGACGACGGUGGAGGAUAG